UAUUACUAAAAAGCAAAAAUACAACCUGUAUACAUAUUAUCUAAUGUACACAUUACUUUAUUUGAACGUAAUGUUCUCCACAUUCUUCAACCAAUAUAUAAAUAGCAUUAUUGUUACUAGGGACGACAAAACAAAUACUUUAGUUAGGAAUGCCAUCCUUCCUUCAUUCUAUAGCGUAGAAACGUUAACUAAAGAUUCAUGUGUAACAUUGUCAUCUAAUUUUGAUGGGUACAAAUCAUUAAAUUCUAGUUUCAUUUACUUUCGCCUAUGCAACAAAGCACCAAAAAGACCAAGCACAAGUCAUUCUCAUCAAUAUUCAAAUAAAGACGGUGUAUUUUCAGAUACUGAAAAGGAUAAUGCCGAAGAAUUGUCUGAUGGCAAGUCACAUGGCAAUGAUAACCUCAGAAGAGACAGAUUUCCCGAAUCAGCCACAGUAACUAUACAUGCUCCAAGAUACAUUAAUAGAAAGGUAAAAACACGAUAUAAAUAUAGUCCUAUUGCAAAAGUGCAAGGCGUUCCCAAUGAUGAUACCAAAGAGGAUCAAUACAGAUUAUCUAAACAUCUGCACAUAUGCGGCGGUGCUAUACGUGGGCGUCGUUUAUGCGUACCUCCCGUGUACCUUCGGCCUAUGAUGAACAGAGUGAAAAACGCUCUCUUCCCAAGUUUGAAGCACAUGGGACUAUUUGCUUAUGGCUACGAUUGCAAGGUGAUUGAUUUAUUUUGUGGAAGUGGAUCAGUUGGUUUCGAGGCGCUUUCUUAUGGAGCCACGCAUUGCACAUUCGUCGACCUUUCCAUCCAGUGCUGCAAGGCGGUUUCUGUAAACGCAGCUCAUUGCAAUUAUGAGAAUAAAGUUCGCAUAAUUAGAGCGGAUGCAAUGGAAUCCAUUACAUCUCCAUGGUUACAUUCCAUCAAUGACAAAUUUGACUUACUAUUCGCUUGUCCUCCUUACGAGGAAGUAAUCUAUAGCGAUUUAAUGAAGCAAAUUGCCAAUACGACAAUUUUGAACCCUAAUGCGGUUGUCGUAGUGGAGUAUCCCAGGGAAAUUGAAUAUUUACCUUGGAGUAUAGAGGAUGGCAACCUUCUGGGAUAUCGCAAUCGCAAGUAUGGUCGUACAAUAGUUGCUACAUAUUGUUACAAGCCAACUGGUUCUCUAUUCAGGUCAUGUGAAAAGGCUAAAGACGAGUUUGUACCGACAACGUACAGUCGUAAACGGCUUAAAAUUGAGGGAUUCCUACCAAAGAGCAACCAGGAUGACAGAUGAUAUAAUGUUAAAAUAUGUUACAUUUUCGCCAAAUAUUUAGCGUGUGAAAA